AAAAGAAAGUCAAUGAACAAGUAGAAAAAAAUUGUUCGUUUUACCAUUUGAAUCCGAUUGCCACCAAUUUAGUUAGACAUAUAAAUUUUGGCGGUCUAGGCUGCACAGAGACUCUGCAAAAUUUAAUUAGAGAAAAAUCUUUGCGAAUAGAAAAGGAAAGAAAAUUACAAGACGUUCUAACUAACUUGCAAGCAAACUUAGCAGUCGAAAGGGAAGAUAGAAGCACGCAAGUAGCCGAUUUACAAGCACUAGUUAUACAACCUUAUAAAAGAUUACGAGGAAAUGAUUAA